AUGGUACCGGAUGAGGGUGGACCAUCUUCGUUGCACAGAUUGCUGGUUGAUCCGCUGCGCCGGCUGUGGUUUCUCUCCCAAGGGAAAGGUGCAGAGGGGGACGCUGCUGCUGCUCCGGAUGUGGCUGUGGUCAGCAAGCGGGGAUCCACGAAUGGCUGGCAUCGACUCAAGACGCUGUACAGUGACGGAGAUGUGCACUUCGAGACCGGCAUAACGAAGACGUGCAUGCAGUGGGCCUUCAUCGGUGCGGUACUGCUCAGGGCCCCGCUGAGCUCGCUGAAAGCUGCCGAGAGAUAUAGUCGCUAUGCAAAAGGCCGAGUAUUUUUGAGUCCCCGCGAUGCACUGAGACGUCGAUGGGACUAUGCAUUCGCGUCAUUCCUACGCACCGGAGCAAUCAAUGGAAGCCUGGCCGCAAUAUACGUCGGAUGCGUGGUAGCAGCGAUCACUCAUACAGCAGCUUGGCGUGGUCAUUUUUCACUGUGGACUUUGCCACUUGUAACAACGGCAGUGCCUUCUUUUAUCGCUUUACCGUUUGGAUUGUUUGGAGUGGCACAAGCGGCAAGUCUUGGAUUAACAUGCGGGCUUACACUGGCAACAAUAGUAUAUGGGGCAUCAGCAUAUUCCAAUCGGACAGUAAACGAAGUGUACGAAUCGUUAAAGCAGGAAUGUGAAACAGAGCUGAGGAAAGAACGGGAACAGGAUCGAACUAUAUCGAUUUAUCAGAAAGAACACAAAAUUUGGUUCCGAGGCCUGGCGAAGUACCAGAUGCAGAAGGAAAAAAGAGAUAUGGACGCCAAACUUGCGAACACUCCGAAUACCGAGCAUUCCUCUUGA